AUAGCUAACGUGUGCCCACUACUUCACGAUACCAUGUACAAAUAACUGACAGUGGAAAAUUGAUCCAUUGCAUCCCGAAAUUCCUGCAUCCCUGGAUGUGCUAACUGCCAUACUCGUCGUACCCAAGCCGGUAGCGAGCAGUAGAGGGAGCCGUUGAAGACAAAGAAGCCGGAGCGAAGGGAACGAGCGUACAUUUUGUUUGCCGCCGCUGGUCGGGAUCGUGAACCUGGUGAUCUCCCGUUACCCGCCCUACUUGCAGCGAUACUGCUGAGCCUUUUAUAUCGGAGCGAGCUAAUACUGGAAGGUUUUGUUUGGGAGAAGGAGAUGGCAGACUGGAGGUAUCGAGUCGGCUUGAUUCUCAUCGUUGCCGUGGUGGUGAUCUGGGUUAUGUCUGCCGAAGUGACGCAGGGUAUCUUUGCAGACUACAAACAACCGUUUGCAGUAACUUAUUUAGGAGCCUCUCUUAUGAUCGUUUUUCUUCCAAUAGCAUUUAUGAAGGAUUGGAUAUGCAACAUGCUAAGAAAGCAUUCUAGAGGAGCCAACAAUACUCCCAACCAAUCUUCUGCAACUAAUUCCCUUGCAGAAUCUAAGGAAAUGCAGAAAGUGCUUCUAAGUGAAUCACAUUCCCCUUUAAAUCGAGAAGAAAGUGACAUUGAUCUUUCUGUACAAGACGGAGAGGAAAAUGUAUUAAUUGUGAAGAUCAAGAAUGAUUUUGAUGGCCAGAGAGAAUCUAUAGAGCUUGCUUCACGGUCUAUCGUAAAAUAUGGGUUUUAUCUAGCCCCAAUUUGGUUUGUAACCGAGUAUCUGUCAAAUGCAGCACUUGCAAGGACUAGUGUUGCGAGUACAACAGUUCUAUCAUCUACAUCCGGGCUCUUUACUCUUUUUAUUGGCGUGCUUCUUCGACAAGACUCCUUAGAUGUUGCAAAAAUUGUCGCUGUUUUCAUUAGCAUGUCUGGAGUUGUUAUGGCAACCCUAGGCAAGACGUGGGCCACAGAUGAGUCUCAACUGAGCUCUGCUGGGAAUGGAGAGAGGUCGCUCGUGGGAGAUCUUUUUGGUCUUCUUUCUGCUGUAUCCUAUGGGCUAUUUACUGUGCUUCUAAAGAAGUUCUGUGGGGAGGAAGGGAAGAGUGCUGAUGUUCAGAAGUUGUUUGGAUAUGUCGGUCUGUUUACACUUAUUGCUCUAUGGUGGCUUGUAUGGCCGCUGACCGCAUUAGGGAUUGAACCCAAGUUUACAAUUCCCCAGACUGCUAAAAUGGAAGAAGUUGUGCUUGUGAAUGGCUUUGUCGGAAGUGUGCUCUCAGACUACUUUUGGGCUUUGUGUGUUGUGUGGACCACUCCUCUUGUAGCCACCUUAGGCAUGUCACUUACUAUACCAGUUGCUAUGGUUGCUGAUAUGGUGAUACAUGGCCGUCAUUAUUCAGCUGUGUAUGUUGUUGGCUCAGCUCAGGUAUUUGGAGGUUUUGUACUGGCUAACCUUUCAGAUAGAAUAUCCAGGAUGCUGGGAUUUUAGCAAUUGCUAGAUCGUUCCUCUUUGCAGUAUUUAGGAUUUUUCGAAAGCCCAAAUUGUGCUGUAUUUGGGAAACUGAUUGAUUCAUUCAUUUCUUAGAAGGUUGUGGUCAAUUAUGAUUUUUUUUUGGUUUCUAUACCUUUUUUAGAGGCGUAUCUUCUGUAUUAGGUUUGAUACAGUAUAAUUUCUUUGUACCGUCAGUGUUGUUACAUGUUGUGUGGAAUAUGU